GCAGAGCUUGGGCACAGAACACAUCCAGAGUUCCCAAGUGGGCUCCCUCGGUCUGCACCUGCUCUCAGCUCAGUCACACAAGGCAGAAAAAAAACAUGAAGACCAUUUACAUUGUGGCUGGAAUUUUUAUAAUGCUGGUGCAAGGCAGCUGGCAGCAUUCCCUUCAGGACACAGAGGAGAAACCCAGAUCAUUCUCAGCUACCCAGACAGACCCACUGGAGGACCCUGAUCAGAUCAGUGAAGACAAACGCCAUUCACAGGGCACAUUCACCAGCGACUACAGCAAAUACCUGGACUCCCGUCGUGCCCAAGAUUUCGUGCAGUGGUUGAUGAACACCAAGAGGAACAGGAACAACAUUGCCAAACGUCAUGAUGAGUUUGAGAGACAUGCUGAAGGGACCUUUACCAGCGAUGUGAGUUCUUACUUGGAGGGCCAGGCGGCAAAGGAAUUCAUUGCUUGGCUGGUGAAAGGCAGAGGAAGGCGAGACUUCCCAGAAGAGGUGAAGAUUGUUGAAGAAGGCCGCAGACAUGCUGAUGGCUCCUUCUCUGAUGAGAUGAACACAAUUCUUGAUAAUCUUGCCACCAGGGACUUCAUCAACUGGCUGAUUCAAACCAAAAUCACUGACAAGAAAUAAGUUCGUCACCAUUCACAACCGUCUUCACAACAUCUCCCGCCAGUCACCUGGGAUGUAGAUUUUAAGUUCUAUACAUUUAAGAGCUAUAUCCUAAGCCGUAUUGCUUUGCAUGUGAACACAUUUCCCUUUAGCGUUGUGUAGCCAAAAGAUUGUAAAUGAAAUAAAGUAUUUCCAGGAUGUGGAUAAAAUAACAACCUUAUAGUAUGAAAAUGCUGGAUUCUCAUAUUUUCUUCUCAUUUUCAGUGAGAUUAUCCUUCUGUGAUAUAAGUUGUAAAUUUUUACAGUCACAACACCUGCAUUGUAAUAACAGAAGACAUGACAACCUGGUAGCCACAGUGGCGAACCUGGAGAGAGAACUUCUUCCUUGAGUCCUUUAUCAUAAAUGCACUCAGCUUUCAAUGUAUCAAGGAUAGAUUCAAAUAAAAAGUCCAGCCUUU